AUGUUGCUGUUAUAUCUCCCGAUAGUGCUGACAUCUUUCAUAUAUAUAUUGUAUUUGUACUUUACAAGGACUUUUAAGUAUUGGAAAAGCAGAAAAGUUCGCGGACCAGAACCAACCGUGUUCUUUGGUAACAUCAAGGAAUCAGCUCUUCGCCAAAAAAAUAUUGGCGUGAUAAUGCAAGAAAUCUACAAUAACUAUCCCAAUGAAAAAGUUGUCGGUGUCUACAGAAUGACUUCUCCUUGUCUCCUUAUACGAGACUUGGAAAUCGUUAAACAUAUCAUGAUCAAGGAUUUCGAAGUGUUCGGUGAUCGCGGCGUUGAAUUCAGUAAGAAAGGACUGGGACAAAACUUGUUCCACGCUGAUGGAGAUACAUGGACAGCUUUGAGGAAUCGGUUUAGCCCAAUUUUUACAACGGGUAAAUUAAAAAAUAUGUUUUAUUUAAUGAAUGAAGGUGCUGAUAAUUUUGUGGAGCAUAUCAGCACGGAGUGUCAAAAGAAGCAAGAGUUUGAAAUACAUUCUCUUCUCCAAACCUACACGGUGUCUACCAUAUCUGCUUGUGCUUUCGGAGUUGGCUACGACAGUCUAGAUGACAAGUUAGAGACGCUUAAACUCGUGGACCAGAUCAUUUCAGCACCAACAUACGCUAAUGAAUUAGACAUGAUGUACCCAGGACUUCUCACAUCCCUCAAUCUUUCUAUUAUUCCCGUACCUAUACAGAAAUUUUUCAAAAAUCUUGUCGAUAACAUCAUAACUCAAAGGAACGGUAAACCAACGGGAAGAAAUGAUUUUAUGGACCUAAUACUAGAACUUCGUGAAAUGAGAGAAGUCAAUUAUACAAAAUAUGGAAAUUUUGUAAAGCCUCUAGAAAUAACUCCUGAGGUGAUGGCAGCGCAAGCUUUUGUAUUUUAUGUGGCUGGGUAUGAGACAAGUGCAACCACUAUGGCCUACCUGAUGUACCAACUAGCGCUGAAUCAAGACAUCCAAAACAGAUUGAUAGCUGAAAUUGACGAAGUAAUUCAAAGGAAUACUGGAGAAGUGACAUACGACAUGAUUAAGGAAAUGAAAUAUUUGAACAAAGUAUUUGAUGAGACUCUACGAAUGUACUCAAUUGUAGAACCUCUGCAAAGAAAAGCCACAAGAGACUACCAAGUGCCUGGGACUGACCUGGUAAUAGAAAAGGGUACAAUAGUUUUGAUAUCCCCGAGAGGAAUUCACUAUGAUGAGAAAUAUUACGACAAUCCUGAAGUAUUCAACCCUGACAGAUUUGACCCGGAGGAGGUGGGCAAGCGCCAUCCGUGUGCUUACUUACCAUUUGGACUCGGACAAAGAAACUGCGUCGGCAUGCGAUUUGGCAGAGUCCAGUCUCAGUUAUGCAUUGUAAAGGUCUUGUCCAAGUUCCGAGUGGAACCGUCGAAGAAUACAGACAGGAAUCUAAAGGUUACUCCACACCGAGCUAUCAUUGGACCAAAAGGGGGGAUCCAUCUUAAUAUUAUUCCUAGAAAAAUGAAAGCUUAG